CCCAACUCACCUUCUAACCUGCAGGACCAGGCUCUGGAGUGGGACACCCUGCCACCAUGAAAACCAUCAUUGCAGCCUGUUCCCAAAACCUGAGUGGCAGCCGUGCCAGCAUCCAGACCGCCCUGCGCACCCUGCUGGUGUCCCCCUGGCCCUCGCGGUGGGACGUCCGCUCCUGGCUCCAGCUCCUCUCCGUCCUGCAGUGGGUGCUCAGCUUCCUGCUGCUGGGAGCCGUCAGCCUGCUGCUCCUCAUCUACCUGGUGUUCACCAGCUUCUGGCCCAUCUCUGCGCUCUACCUGGCCUGGAUCAUCUUUGACUGGGACACGCCAGAGAAAGGUGGCAGGAGGCUGCCGUGCCUGCGGCGAUGGCCCGUCUGGCGGCACUUUCGGGAUUAUUUCCCCGUGAAGCUGGUGAAGACGCACGACCUGUCCCCCAGCCACAACUACAUCAUCGGCUCCCACCCCCACGGCAUCCUCUGCGUCGGCGCCUUCUGCAACUUCAUCACCGGCUCCACGGGCUUCGGGGGGAUGUUCCCGGGCAUCCGGCCCUACCUCACCACCCUGGCCGGCAACUUCCGCCUGCCCGUCUUCAGGGAGUACCUGAUGAGCGGGGGCCUGUGCCCGGUGACACGCCGUGCCAUCGGGUACCUGCUCUCCAAGAACGGCACCGGCAACGCGGUGGCCAUCGUCAUCGGCGGCGCGGCCGAGUCGCUCUCCUGCCGUCCUGGUGUCACCACCCUCGUCCUCAGGAAGCGCAAGGGCUUCGUCCGCAUGGCCCUGCAGCACGGGGCACACCUGGUCCCCUCCUUCUCCUUCGGGGAGAACGACCUCUUUCGCCAGGUGGUCUUUGAGGAGGGCAGCUGGAUGAGGAGCAUCCAACAGCGCUUCCAGAAGAUUAUGGGCUUUGCUCCUUGUGUCUUCUACGGCCGGGGUCUCACCUCCGUCCAGUCCUGGGGCUUCCUCCCCUACCCCAGACCCAUCACCACCGUGGUGGGGGAGCCAGUGAUGGUGCCCAAGAUCGAGAACCCAAGCCCUGAGGUGGUGGACAUGUACCAUGAGAUGUACAUCAGCUCCCUGCUCAAGCUCUUCCACGAGAACAAGACCAAGUACGGGCUGUCAGAGACGGACGAGCUGCACAUCCUCUGAGCACGGCCGGCGCCAGCAGCCAGAUCCUGACUCACAGGGCUGGCUGGCUCCUGGGGGUGGGGGUUCUGGCUGGCUUGGCCCAAGAGACACCUGGGGGACAGUCCCCGCUCUGGCCCUCUGCUCCUCUGGCCAACAACCUGAGCAGGAGGUGGGAGGAGAGGAGGACGUGAAGGGGAGGUUGAGAAAGGGUCCGCCUUGAAAGGGAUUCAGGGGGGCUACAGGUGACGCAGCCAUCCCCCAAGGACAUGGGGCUGAUGUGGGGGGGGUGGCAUGAGGCUGGGGGGCCAGGGGUGGGUGCAGUCCCACCAAGAAAACCAGGAGACCAUGAGCUGAGGGAGGAGGGAAUGGGACGGACUCUUUGGGGUGGCAUCCUGAUGCCAAGUGGGAUCAGGCUGGGGACACAUUCCCCAGGGGCGGGGGGGGACACUCUCCUGGACUUGGGGACCCUUGGAAGUGGCCUCAGCUGGGACCAUGGAGCUCUGGGUGGGGGUGGGUGCUGCCCUGGCCCCAGGUGGGCUUUUCCCCCCACCUCUGUACCCAAUACAGAUUUCCAACUCCCCCA